AUGGGUGUGUGUGGGGUGGGGGGGGGGUGGGGGGGUUGUGGGGGGGGUUUGGGUGGGGGGUUGGGAUUGGGGUUUUGGGUUGUGGUUGGGUGGUGGGGUGUGGGGGGGGGGUGUGGGUGGGUGGGUGGUGGUUGGGGGUGGGUGGGGGUGGGUGGGGGGUUGGGGUGUUGGUGGGUGGUUGGGGGGGGGGGGGGGGUGGUGGUGGGGGGUGGGUGGGUUGGGUGGGGGGUUGGUGGUGGGUGGGGGGUUGUGGGGGGUUGUUGGGUGGGGGGGGUGUGGGGGGGGGUUGGGGGGGGAGGGUUUGUGGGGGGGGGUUGUGGGGGGGGGUGUGUGGGUUGGGGGGGGGGGGUGUGGUUGUGUGUGUGUGGUGUGUGUGGUGUGUGUGUUUGUUGUGUGUGUUGUUGUUUGUGUGUGUGUGUGUUGGUGUGUGUGGUGUGUUUUGGUGUGGGGGGGGUUGGGUUUGGGGUGUUGGUGGGGUUGGUGGGUGGGGGUGGGGGGGGGUGGUGGUGGGGGGGGUGGGGUGGUGGGUGUUGGUGUGUGGGGGGGGGUGUGGGGGGGGGGGGGGGGUGUGGGUGGGGUGGGGGGGGGGGGGGGUGGUGGGGGGGGUUAGGUGUUGGGUUUGGUUGGGGUGUGGGUGGGGGGUGUGUUGGUUGUUGUUUGUUGUUGGGUUGGUUUGUUUGGUUGGUGGGGGGUGGGGUUUGGUGUUUGUGUUUGGUGUUGUUGUGGUUGUUGUGGGUGUGGGUGGGUGUUGGGGGUUGGGGGGGGGGUGUUGGGGGUGUGUUUGGGGGUGGUUUGUGGGGGUUUUUGUUGGGGUGUGGGUUGGGUGUGUUGUGUAGGGGUGGUGGGGGUGGGGGGGUGUUUGGGGGGUGGGGUUGUGUUUGGGGGGGUGUGGUUGUUGUUUGGUUGUUGGGGGGGUGUGGGUUGGGGGGGGGGGGUGGUUGGGGGUGGGGGGGGUGUGGGGGUUGGUGUGUUUGGGGGGUGUGUGUGGUUGGGUGGGUUGUGGGUGGGUUUGUGUUGGUUGUGGUGUGGUGGGGGGAUAGUGGUGUGGGGGUGUUGGGUGGGGUGGGGGUGGGUGUGGGGGGGGGGGGGUGGGGGGGGUUUUGGGGGUGGUUUUUGGGGGGUGUGGUGGGGGGGUGGUUGGGUUUUUUUGGUGGGUGUUGUUUAUUAGUUUGUUUUGUGUGUUGGUGUGUGUUGGGUUUUUAUUGGUUUGUGGUGGGGGUUUGGGGGGGUGGGGGGUGGGGGUGUGUGUGUGGGGUUGUGGGGUGGAUUGGGUUGGGGGGGUGGGGGGUUUGGUGGUUGGAGGGGGGGGUGGGUUGUUGUGGGGGGUUGUGUGGUUUGUGGUUGGGGUGUUUUGGGGGGGUUUGUGAGGGGUGUGGUGUUGGGUGUGGUGGGGUGGGGUGUGUGGGGGGGGUGUGGUGGUGGGUGUGGGUUGUGGGGGGUGGGGUUGUGUGUGUAGUUGUGGUGUGGUGGGUUGGGGGGGGGGGUUUGGGGGGGUGGUUGGUUGUUGUGGGGGGGUGUUUUGUUUGUUGUGGAGUUGGGGUUUUUUGUGGGGGGGGGGGUGGGUGGUGUUUGGUGUUGGGGGGGGUGUGGGUGGGGUUGGUGUGGUGGGUGGGGUUGGGGGGGGGUUUGGGGUGGGGGGGGGUGUGGUGGGGUUGUUUGGUUGGUGGUGGUGGGUGUGGGGGGUGUGUGUUGGUGGUGGUGGUGGGGGGGGGGGGGGGUUGGGGGGGGUUGUGGUGGGGGUGGGGUGGGGGGGUGUGUGUGUGGUGGGUGUUGGUUGGUUAUUGGUUUUUUGGUUGUUGUGUUGUGGGUGGUGGGGAGUGUGUGUUGGGGGGGGGUGGGGGGGGGGUGGUGUUGUGGUUUGGUGGGGGGGGGGGGGUGUGGGGGGUGGUUGUUUGGUGUUUGUUUUGGUUGGGUGUGUGUUGUUGA